AACCCAACGGCUGAUAUGAAAAAUAACCAACGGCUCCUCCAAUUUUCAAUUUGAAACUUCUACAUAUCAUUUCACUUUCUCAUUCUCAGCGAUUGGUGUUUUCCAAUUUCCAGUAACCACUGAUUUUCAUCAUCAACAACAACAACACCACAAUGUCUCUUCCUCCCGAACUCGACGAUUUCAUCAAACAAUCCAUCGAUCACUCUCUAGGUCUUCCAAUCUCUUCCCAAACCCUCGACAUCAUGCUUCGCGCAGUCAAAGAAUCAGAUCAGUUACUCCGCGAUCAGAACGCUUCACUCCUCGAUAAAUUGAAAGAAAAAGACGAACUCAUCGAACAAACCAAGUAUGAAGCGUGUUUGAGUGCUGUAGCGAUAAAGAAAUUUGUUGAGGAGAAUCAGAAAUUGGCGGUGGAGUGUGAGAAUCUUGUGGAGCAUUGUCGAAAAUUGGAGAAGGAGUUUGUGUUGUAUGAGAAUGAUAGGGAAGCGUUGAUUGAUUUUCAGAAUGAAGCUGAGGAGAGAGCGAGGGAGGCUUGGUUGCGAGUUGAAGAGUUGGAACGGGAUUUGAUCGUGUAUAAGAUGAAGAUGAAAGAGUGUCAGCAAGAGAAUGAAUCGGUUGAUUCUUCUUCCACAAGCAUGCCGGAGGAAGAGAGUUUGCUUGACUCCCUUCUGGCAACAGUUACUACUAAAGAUGACUCUUCUACAUACGAGUUCUUGGUCGCAAAUAGUGAAAAUGAGCAUUGUAAAAAAUUGCUGUCGAUGUGGAGCGGAUUAAAACAAUCAAGUCGGAGAGUUUUCUCUCUUGUUGCUGAACUGAUGUCUCUAGAAAAGGAUAAAGAGCAUCUAAGGAUUAACCUUGACAGAGCUGAAGAGGAGGGAAAACUACUAUUUGUUGAAAAUAGCAUGUUGGAAAAGGAGAACAAAAGGUUAUUGAUGAAACUUUCCCAUAGUGCAUCUGCCAAGUCAAGCAAGAGAAAGUCAAGUCCCAAAACAAGUAGUAGCCCAAUGAGGAAGAAGAUUGAUUUCGAUGAUAUAGAUUCUGUUUCUUCUAGACAACCAUUGUCACCCUUGCAAAGUAACUCUCCGGACUGUGUUGUCUAGAUUCAGAUUCACCGAAAUAGGCAACCAUUUGAAUGAUUGGUAUUGAUGAUCUUUCAAAGUGAUCUACUGAUCUCUUAACAAAGAUAACAGAAAAAUUGUUUUUUCUUACUUAAUGUACCACUUAUUUCUUGAUAAGUUGUGUAUAUGUAGUUUGACAGUUAACAUUUUCUUUAAUUGCUAGUGAGUGAGUUUUGAUUCUUAAAUCAUGAAAAACAGUGGGUGUUAUGUGCCUGAAAAUUCUCGAUGUUGUUUGUGUAUAUGGGAUAUGGUUUUAUUGGGAAAGAUUCAUUUCUCCAAAGAAAAAUAUAUUCAUUACUUGGCUUUUUUAGUAAA